UUCUACUACUGCUUUCUCAUUCGACUAAAGUCGUCUUCUUUCCCUCUUACUAUAAAAACCCAUUCCUCUCUAUCUCUGUCUUGGAGUUUCUGGAUCUUCUCUCAAGCUCCAUUGAUUUUUCCGACAGCCAUAGGAUUCUUACAACUAUGGCUCCGAUCUUGUACUUGAGUUUCAGACAGGUGUUUUUGCUUUAUCUUGUUUUCUUUCUGUUUACUUUUGUCAUUCUUUCUGCUUCCUCAGAUGGUUCUCAGCUUCAAAGCCAGCAGUUUCUUGGUAGAAGAAGAUUGUUAGAGGAGGAAAGAGAUCAAGAUCAGCUAAUUCCCAAGAAAAAAGGUACCAAUUCUUCAUCUUCCAAGAACCAAACCAAGCUAAUCAAACCAAAUCUUUCUUCAAAAAACCAAACUAAGCUCUUUAAAACUAGCUUAUCAUCCAAGAACCAAACCAAGAUUACAAAAGCUUCAAAUUCAACAAAACUAGCUCUUUCUACCUCAUCCAAGUCUGAGCUUAAGAAGCUCAACUCCACUCCCCAGCUCAAGAAGCUCAACUCCACUUCACAGCUCAAGAAGCUCAAUUUCACUUCAAAUGUUUCUGCUUCCACUAAAAAAACCUCAGAUCUACUCAAAGUAAGCUCACCCAAGAACAAAACAUCAACAAAAGGAUCCAAAACUCUUGUGAGUGAUUCUGAAUCCAUGAAACAAACCAAGAACCAACUCAAAACCACAGAGAAAAAACCCAGUAACCAGAAGAAAACCACCCAGGAAAAAAAGCAACCCAGUUGGCUUGAUCUAGAAGUGGAUGAUGAUUUGGUUGCUGAGUUCAGAGAUCUACCAACCAGAUUUCAACAAUCUCUAUUGCCAGACAUUGAGAAGAUCUCAAUGACUUCUAAAAAGUAUCUCACAAAAGCCAACAAAGAAAUGGCCAAAGGGUUCAAGCCAAUAGUUGGCAACAGAUAUGCUUCCAUCGUUGCCUCUGUAGUUUCUUUCGCUUUCAUUUUAAUCCCUCUUCUUCUUGUUUCUCUAAUCUUCAACCGCAUCAAAGCUUAUUUCUCUAUCCAAAAGAUCGUCAUUUUCAUUCAAGUUUAUCUCUCAAUUUACUUCUCCAUUCUCUGUCUCUCUUCUAUAGUCACUGGGCUCGAGCCCUUGAGGUUUUUCUACGCUACUUCGCAAUCCACAUACGUCUGUUUAAUGGUCCUGCAAACGCUCGGCUACAUUUUGUACCUCUUGUUGCUCUUGAUGUACUUGAUUUUGGUGUUUUCGACAGAAUCUGGGCUGGGCUCCAAACUGCUGGGCCUGGGCCAGAUCUUCGUCGGGUUUGCUGUUGGGCUUCAUUUCUACGUGGCGGUGUUCCAUAGGGUGGUAUUGCAUCAGCCACCCAAGGCCACUUGGAAGGUUCAUGGGAUUUAUGCCGCGUGUUUCCUUGUGAUUUGCUUGCUUGCUAAAUUUGAUAGGAGAAAGAAGGCUUACGUGGAAGAUGGCGGUGAAGAGGGCAAGAAAAAUUAGUGUUUUUUUUUUCUUUUAAAUCUUUUUAAAGCCAUGUAAUAAAUUUUUCUCUUUUUUUUUUUUUUUAACCCUUUUACUGGGUUACCAUGCUGUCAUUGGCGAAGGAUCAAUGGCAUUAUUCUAGAGUAGAAAAAUUUUUCAAUAUUAAAUUUCAUGUAAUCUUUGUUUAUCAUAAAGAUUAUAAAUAAAAUAUAUAUAUAUACAAAAUAAAAAAAAAA